GUGGGGAGUGGCGCUAAUUAAUGCAUGUCACUCAACUCUCAAGUCUCAAACUAAACUUUAAGCAGCGCUAGUGUUUUUAAUUAUUUACUUGGCUUGUUAAUUGUAUUCCCGAAUCCCGUUUCAUAUAGAGGUUAUGUGUAAAACUAAAACAACAUUUAGAUUUUAGUGUAGUGUGUAAAAUAAUUUUAAAAAUGGAGAGUAGAAAAGAUACUUUAACCAUGGCAAAAAUGUGUCGGUUUUGUUUAACGCAAACAACACCUCUGAAGAGUUUGUAUUCCAAAAAUAAGACCAAUAAAGACGCUUUAAGUUUAAAAUUUAAAGUUUUGUCAUGUCUCUCGUACGAGGUUUUUCCUUCUGAUAGAAUGCCAACAUAUAUAUGUGACCGUUGCAAGUUCUUUAUGAACUCAUUUUAUGAAUUUAAGAAAAUUUGUAGACAAUCGGAGGAACUAGUUCUAAAGUUCAUCCGCAAUGGGAAAGCAUUCGAGCCUGUUGCUUGGCCUAAAGCACUGUCAAAAGUGUAUGACAGUUCCAAAGAUGUGGUAAAUACAAUUAUUGAAGGUGGAACAACAGUGCAAGUAUCCUCGCAAGAUACAUCGGAGAGUGAAGAUGAGGAUGCAAAUGUAUACAAUGUUCAGAUUGGUGAAGACGAUGAAGCAAAGACAACGCAAGUGAAGAUUGUCACCACAGACAUUAUAGAGAAAAAAGCAAAAAAAGAUACAGUAGAGACAGAGUCACGCGUGGCCGAGGGAUGUUGGCCAUGCGAGGAAUGUCAUCGUACCUACCCUUUGGAACAAUUGCUGACCCUGCACAAGAUGAGACAGCACAAUCGACCUAAGCUCAUUGAAUGCGAUAUGUGCGAUUCAAAAUUCUUCUCAAAAAGUGAUUUAACAAUACAUCAACAAAGACAUUCCGAUGGUACGCCGUUUCCAUGUGUGGCCUGUGAUCAUAAGUUCAAACGGCUUAUACUUCUAAAGAGACAUGAGAAGUUGGUUCAUUCGGACCUACCUCAACACAGUUGUCCGAGUUGUCCUGCCACAUUCAUCUCCGUAGAAGAAUUAACGUCGCAUCAACAGAGACACAUAAAAAGAGCGGAGAGGUCAUAUGUAUGUGAUGUGUGUGAUAAGACAUUCGCCGUGCGAUCGACUCUUCAAAGACAUAUCGCCGUAUUACAUAAACGCGAACCCCAAUUCAACUGCGAAUAUUGUCCUGAGCGUUUUGGCUCCGUGUCGAAAUUGUCAAGACAUUUGCGAACGCACGCUGGUGAGAGGCCGUACCCCUGCAAGUACUGCGAUAAGAGUUUCAUCAAAUCGCAGCAUUAUACCAGACAUCUCCGUGUAAAACAUCGAGAUGAAAUGCGCACAGGCCAAAGCCCCGACGAGUUGUACAGGUGUGAGCAAUGUGAAGAGACCUUCGCGAACCAGGACGAGCUGAUCUUCCACUCCGCGAUCCAUGCGACGCAGAACCUCACAUGCCCGCUGUGUCAGGAGAAGUUUGACAAUGUGGAUGACGUCACUACCCAUAUAAAGUCUCAUGUCAAUGGCAUCGAAUUUAUGUGCGAGUAUUGUGAGCUGGUAUUCACCACUAAGGAGAAAUACGACAACCAUUUGAUGUUGGCGCAUGAAGAUGAAAUUCAUAAUGCUAUAGGCGAUGAAGAGUCGUCUAUGGAAGUGGAUGGAGACGACUAUGAAGAUGAUGCCAGCAUUAAUGUGAAAGAGGAUGGUGACAGUAUGGUGAUUGAAAUAAAGAAAGCGGAUGCUGACAGUUUAAUGAUGUCCGAAGAACUUCAAGCUGAUGAAGAUGAGGUUAAACAGGACACUAAUUCAGAAGCUAGCGAAACCGAGUUACCAGAACCGGAGUCUGUUCAAAUCGAGGCCACGAUAGAGAAGAUCACCGCGAAGCCUUCAGAAGUGAUUAUCCAAAGUUCGCCUCUAGCGGAAUUAACUCGUGUUAAACCAAAUGCGGGAAGUGAUAGUCAGAUUAUUGUUGCUCGCCACGUUGAGGAGAAACGAAAAGUUGAAGUAUCGGAAACAGAACCGGUGAAGAAAGUAAAGGCGAAAGCGGAGUCUACGAACAGCGCCGGGUUCACAGAUAAAUCCUUACGGCUGUUGGAGAAGGAGCUGCAAGAUCUGAAAAGGACCAACCCACGGCCGGAUAUUGGAAAAUCGACCCCCAAAAUUCAGGAGCUUCCCAAAAUUCGACGUACACAAGUUAUAACAUCUACUCCUAAAUUAAAGCUAAAUGAAGAAAGGAAAUCAUUUUUAGUUAAAUCGCCAGCGGUCGAGAGGAAAACGUUUGAAAAACGUCUCACAAAAGAGAAUAAAGAGCCGCCGAAAGAAGAUAAGAAGGAAAAGGACGAAGAGAAAAGAGAGGUGGAGAAGAAGGAUAAAGAAGUAAAAGAAAUACCAAAGAGUCAAGUGAAGAACGGAAGCGAUAAAAGCGAUGAAGUGCGUCGCUCCAGUCGACCAUCCCGUGUGAAGGACUACGCCAAGAUGGUGGGAGACCACAUGAAGGGAAAUUCGGAGGAGGACAGCGAUACGGAAGAGGAUGAUGAAGAGUAUAUUGAGGGUACUUUGCCGGAGAUGAAAAUAAAGCGCCGUACUAGUUUUAAGGCAAAGCCUCAGUCGGGGUCAUUGCCCUCGCCUAGUGUUACGCCGACCCCGAGGAAGAGAGGCAGACCGCGUAAGGACGCGAGCAAAGAAGUACCAGAGAAGAUGAGAAAAGAAGACACUGCAAGUAACGAUUUGAAAGAGAUUGAAGAGAAAAUUAACAAUGGAAAGAAAGACAAAUCCUCUACUCCAACGACACCUGUGAAAGAGUCUCCGACAAUAGAGCAAAAGUCACCAUCGAAUGACGUCAUACUAUCACCAACCGGACAGACACUGAAGAAGGUACCAAUAAAGGCUUUGCCGCCAGGAGUCAAACCUAUGCCUCUACCCAUGAAUGCGAGACCGCAACGUGAGUUAUGUGAAAUGCAAAUAGGCAAGAAAUUUGUGAAGGUACAGAAAAUUGUGAUGACCAAGUCGGAUGUUGAAGCGAUGGCCAAGCAGGGAUUACUCGAAAUGAAGGACGGCAAUAUGGUACUGAAGCCAGGCAUUAAGCUGCCAGCGAACACACUUAACAAAGAAAUUAAAGAAACACCAAAAAGAGAUAAAGCAGCUCCGACUAGGUGCGAAAUUGGAGAGUGAUUAAUACUGUAGUGCUACAAGCAUAUCCGACCCUGUGGGUUCAUAAUGCUAGAGAUCGGUGACAGUGUAACAUACAGUUUUCUUGGGUUGACAUUGACAGGUGCUACUUGACACUUGUAUAAGAACUAUUCAAUUUUGACAUUAGUCUAACUGUGAAACUUUAGGAGAAUAUUUAACAAAUUGUCAGUCACAAAUGACAUAUGAAGUUGGCGCAGUGUCACCCAUCUCUAGCUGGUAAUUUAGAAUUAAAUAUAUUUAAAUUAUGUUUGAUAUAGAAUUUAGUUAAGAUUUGUGUUUUGUGUGGUCAUUAAUUUGUAGGUACGUUAUUUUGUUAGCGGCCAUUACACAUUUGAAUUACCGAAACAUGUUUAAAUCAAGAUUAAAAAUCCAGUACUUUUCGUAACAUGUAUAAAAUACUGUAAAAAAAUCCAUUCCGGUAUAAGUGUAUUAAAUUUUAAGUAAUGAACUAGUAUAAACCUAAGAUAUAAAAUUAAUAUCAAAUCAUAUAUCAUUAUGGCCAUGACAUAAAUGAACUGUCACAAAUAAUUAAUUUAAAAAAAAAGAUUUCCGGGCAUAAAAUUUCUUUCAAUCAAACAGUUCUUUUCUUACUCACUAUUUUCCUUAUUAUUAUACUAUUGAAUAUGUCUUUUCAUAGAAAUAAAAGAUUUAGGCCGACUACUUUGAAUUGCCUAAAUAUUCACCGUUGUCAUGACUACCAUGUUGUAUGUAAUGGUUACUAUGGUAACUGACAAUACUAAGAUAUGGAAAGAAUUAAUCUGUAAAAUCCAAUAAAAGAAACCUUUGUUUUGUACAAGUAUUGCAAUGAAGUACAUUUUUUCUAAUUAGGCUUUAUUUUUACUGUUUAGAAAAUAUGAGUGUUUAUCUGUACAGAAUUGUAUGCUAUAAUAAAUAUUAUGUAUAA